GCUGGUCUAUUGCCCACUGAUGGGCAGGUGUCCUCACUGCAAGUCUGCACUGAUAACAGCGAACUCAGUUGGCUAGCGGAAGUUGUGCUACGCCAUCUCUUGGCCCAAGACCAUCGUUGGAGUGGACAUGAGAUGCGGCAAAUGUAAGAAGCACUUCAUGACCCACGACACGAACUACGUGGACGCCCUCCCUUCAGAGGAGCAGGUCAAGCGGGAGUUUGUCACCGUCAAGGGCAAUGGAAGCCACAUUUCCCUGCUCCGCUUGCUUCGAUCAGGUUUGACUGUGGCCCAAGUGGAGCGGUAUGUCGAGGAUGAAGUCUGGGAGCACUACCUCCUGCUGAAGGCAAAGUACAUCGAGCUUUGGGACAAGGUGGAUGCUAUGCGUGGUGUUGGCAAGGUGAACGUGGCUCCCCGCGAUGCUUUUCCUCCAUUCCCUCCCCAUUAUGUUCCGCACAGACCGCACCUCACGGCAAUGUUCGUCAGGGACUAC